GAUCACGGAAGUUGUUUCAAAACGACCUCAAAUAACAUGGCAUAAGUACAUACAUCUUCACCCAAUGGACUGUGGUCAUUUUAAGUACUAAUUGAGUUGAUAAGUAAAUGACAUUAUCAUAUUAUUACGAUGGAUGUCAACCUGUUGUACUGGAAAAGCCAUGGGCAGUCUUUGUUUAGUCGUUUGAAGAUCUGGCUGGAUCUUUUGGAUCCGUCCUCCUUGGGCGCCUCAGACGCUGAAAUACAAAAAGCCCGCACCUUUCUUGGAAGUGGGGAGACGGUCGGCAGAAAGGAUGAAUAUGAAUGGAACAUCACCCUUUCGUCCAUCCAUGCGGAUUCUGGUUCAGUACUUCCACUAGUUUUCCGCCCUCCAGCAUUUUUGCCAAUAACAGUUCCUUUGGUUGUUGGAAGCUUUCUGCCACACAGAAGCAUCAAAUCAGCCCUUUUCUGGCAGUUUUUACUACAGAGUUAUACCGCCGGUUUCAACCACGCAAACAGAAAUUCCUCCUCAGAGCAGCAGGGCCAGGCAGCGAAGGCGAAUAAGCUCCUCUUGAUAGCAGGGACGGUGUCGUAUACAACGUGUGCAGGGGCCCUUCCUCAAAUUAUUGUGAGCCGACUGGGUUUAACAAGUCUAAGCAUCCAGAAUUUCUUCAGGUUUCUCGUACCCAUCCCACUCUCAGCUGCUCUUGCCUUCUUCAACGUGAUUACUGUCAGAGGGGAGGAGUCUGAAAGUGGAAUCCAAGUGUUUGAUUCCAAUGGGAAUCCUGUUGGCGUCUCUAAAGCAGCAGCAAAGAAGGCUGUGAUGGAAACUGCGUGGUCAAGAGCAGCGCUGUUUGGCACAACUGUUGCUGUUCCUAAUCUCCUGGUUUCAGUCUUAGAGAGAACAAGACUUUUCCAGAGAAACACCCUGCUGGUUGCUCCUAUCCGUCACCUAAGUGUAGCGUUAGUCUUCGGCCUGAUGAUCCCGCUGUCCUUCAGUCUCUUCCCUCAGUUGGGAAUGAUAAGAAAAGAAAAUGUUGAGAAAGAGCUGCAAGCAAAGGCUGCUGAAGGAUGGUUAUUCUAUCACCGAGGACUCUGAGCGACAGUUUAACACAACGGAACCUAGCAGGCUUGGACCCAGCUCCUUUUCUGGCUGUAACUUAGAGUAAAUCCAAAGCACAACAGUUUUGAAAAGUAAAUUUAUUCAUUAGAAUAUUCUGAGCUUUUAAAGAUACCACAUUUUUUCAUAAAAAUACAUUUAACUCUCCCCUGUUAUGUCAAGAAUCAGAGGCACUGUAUUCUGUCUAAAAUAAUACUGAGACGCUAAACCAUCCCACCAGUCUAUUAAUAAUACAAAAAAUAUUAGAAGUUGGAUAGAGUCAAUGUCCAUCUGUGGGAAUGGAAGAAUCAGUUGUUUGAUCAGAUUGUUGCCCUUAAACACUUAAGGGCAACAAAACUUGACUAAUGCUGAUCAUCACUAUGCUCACUAAUUACGUACCUAUAACUAAUACCUUAUGCUUUUCAUGUAUGAGACAGUCAGACCCUACCAAGCGAGUGAUGAUAAAAAUGUAGAGAUUUUUCUUUUUUAAAAACACUAUAGGUGGUCCUCUGUUUAUGAUGUUUUGUGAUAAUCGAUAAAUUCAUUAAAAACAGAAUUUUGGUCCGUAAACACGUGACUCGCUCAAGAACUAGUUACGGUGCUCGCCGGCCGGAAGAAUACAUGCCACUCGCAGCAAACGACUGCAUGUGUGCCUUGUGCUGGGUGGAGGAACACAGUGUGUGCCUGCACAGCAACACUGAGGAAGAAUAACAUCUCUUAUUAACUUUUUUGACUACAUUAUGUCUACCAAGCGGCAGCGUGCCAAAGAAAAAGAAAGCCAUCACCAUGAAAGUGAAAAUGAACAUCAUAAAAAUCUCAAAGAGAGUAGAUACGACCAGCAAUAUCGGCCACUCUUUUGGUCAUGACCAUCAUUAAGGAUAAACAAAGAAUGCUAGAAGGGUCAUGGAUUCUGUGCACUGUUACAAGGAGAUCUGGGAGGAGAAAAGGAUGUUAUCCUUUCAGACGAGCCUGGGAUAAUAUUUUAAGAAGGUAGGAAGGCCUGGUAGUACAACCACAGGGAUACACGUAAGGAGUUGUUCUCUUUUUAUUAUUGCUUCAUUUAAUGCUUGUAUUUAAUUAUUUUCUUCGUCGAUUAAUCGUAAGCUUGUUUGGAUUUACCCCUAGACGAACAUGAACCAAACACAAACAGUGUGUGGUUUGGUCCGCAACUUAUCAUAAGAGAGGCAAAAAUGUCAAUCACUGUUUUCCAAAGUCAAAGUUGAUGAGUGUGAAUAUCUUGUUUUGCUUACAACACAAAGAUAACAGGUCUGCUUUCAUGGAUGACUAACGAAAUGAAAAGAAAUACUCACCUUUUGGAGGCUGAAACAUUGGAUUUUUACAUUUUUAAAUCAAAAUACAAUUAAUUGGAUAAUUGAUUACAGUGUUGCAGCUUACUUGUAUUUAAUCUUCUUGUUACUGUACUUUAUUUGUCCUUUGUGUGUUCUGUGUACAGUGUGAGUGACUUGGGAGUUACUGUAAUUUAGGUACAAGUUGCGACUUACACUAAAACGUGACUUACAUCACUGUGUAGGAAUAGAACUCGUUUGUAGUCAGAGGACCACCUGUACUUGGGGAAUUUGCUGGGAACUACUUAGAACUGUGGAUUAGUAUGUUUUUGUUUCUGGUGUUUAGUUGAGAAAAACAAGCUAGCCUACAUAAAAAUGAGGCACAAAGUAGUAGUUGUCAAACAUAGAACACAGAGGUUACGCAGUUAUUUGCAGAAAAAAAUAAAAAUUCUGGGUUUGUUUUUCUGUCUUGGAAUUUGAGGUCAGGAAGAAACAUUUUUGGAUGUCAUAUGUGACACACCGGCACACUGUGUACGGUCAUAAAAAUAGUCGGUGCAGUGGUGGCAGCGGUACCUGUCACUACGCAGCGUCCCAAAGCAGGCUCAUAUGCAUAAAAUCUGCUCAGCAGCCGCUAGAUGAAACAGGAAGUUUUCCGUUGCCGGGGGGAAGUGAUGCUGCUGUAAAUGUUCCAGGGUGAGUUUAGAGCGUUCACACUCAUCUGCCAGGGCCCUCAAAUGAGCAAGUAUCUGUUUGGUCUUGAUGGAAAUGUCCUGCAAUUGAACAUAUGAACAUCAUGUUUGGAGAAAUGAAACCAAACACACAAUUUUUACCUUAAUGACUUGACUGUCUGACUUCUCUGUGUCCUCUGCAGACUGGACGAUAAGGUGUCCGAUGUCCUUGUGUAACUUCCCCAUCAUCAUGGAUUCUGUGUUGGAACAAAACAACGUCCUACUCACUGGGGUCAAAACGCUCAUCGGGAUAUUGUUUUGUUUUUUUCUCGAAAUAGGACAGCACCUUUGGCACCCUGAGACACUGUGAUGGUGCUCUCUGGGAGGUUCACAUACACAUCAAACAGGUCCAAUCUGUUGCUCACUUCUGGAUCAACAAAUCCUGCUAUAUACACUGUAGAGAAUAAAAACAUCACACUUAAGACUGAUGUCCGUUACAUGAGAAAGGAAACGUUAGCGGUAUCACCAUCACAACACAAAAUUCAUCAGAUCGGAAAAAGAACAAGAUAUUUAAAACCUAAGUAAGACUCGUACUCGUGUGUUGCUGCAAAUGUGUUCCGGUGAGUUGAGAGUUGAGUUUUAGCUUUGCCUGAGUUAUAGCCGCAACAGUAGCUCGCGUUAGGGAUUAUUUUGCCUGUUUUGACUUAAUUCCAACCUGCAAUAAAAGCCUGUUGUUCCAGAGAUGAAGUCUGAUGCUUGUGCGCCUGAACAUUACCGACACCUAGUGACCAGUCUAAAAUACUACAUAUCAUCACAGCGUCUUUGAACGUGUCUUCUGAAUUCAUUUAGCCGUUUGCUUAAUUUGCUUAAAUAUGUUUUACUAAUAACAGGCCAUAUUCAACCACAAAACAGCAUGUUUUAUUAAUAAUAUAUUUUUGACAAACCGUAAUAGAGUGAAGCCGUGAAAUUCAAAGCGCCAAGUGGCAAGGGACGACUUCGCACGUGGAACGCACAAUGUAGCUGCACCGCACGGACUAUACGGAUAUCGAAAUAAACGCUUACACACUGACAUAACUGCAUACUUUCUGCAUGUUGCUUGUGUUGUUUUUGGUUGCACCAUGAAUGAGUAUCCACUGACUUUGACGCGACAUCGUGAGGAAGACUCCUCUAGAUGCUCAUUUGCUCUCAGCGUUUUUUACCUGAAUUUAAGUCUUUUACUGAAAGAUACAGCCAUCCCAUCAGUCGGCAUCCCAGUGAGAGAGGACAAUGUAAGUGACUUUUUUUAUUAUGCUCUUAUUUUGUCCAUGAAACAUUUAGCGCAAGCGCUACAUGAUAACGCUAUGAGAAUGGCUUUGUGUUUCGCUAUAGCUGGAUCUGCCUAGCACCCAGCAACGUUAUUCUACGCCUGGGCGGAGCAAAAGUAAAAAGUAGUUGUCGGCAGCGGCUCACACAAAUUUUGCCAUGGUUAGUAGUAGCAAACGCUCUCUCUAUGCUGCUGUUGUUGACGGACGUAGCGUUCUUUGCUAUGGGCUCUGUGAAAUUAAUACGUCCAGAAAGGAAGCUCCGGUAAUACUUAAAAUGACCAAAAUACGGAAAAAUACUGUAAGUAUUACAUGCUAUCAUGAACGUACCUGUUACUAUGUAGUCACAGCAUGUACAGUAUAUAAAAUGUUGGAGGUGUUUUAAUAGAGUGCUUUGUAGACGGAAUAGGUGUAGCCCAUUACGUGCAUUAAUUAGCUGCCUCUUUUUAGCUGUUUUUAUACCUUUAGAACGCACAGAAGGAGAAAGACGUGUGUUCAUGUCUCACAUCAGAAUUGUGGACGAUAGGAAAAAUUCCAAAAAAAAAAGCAAAAUUUUCCUUUAAGCAAAGCAAAUGAAGCAGAAACUUCCUCACCAGGACAUUUAGUGAGAUGCUCUAGUUCAGUAUCAGUCAGGUGCACAUAUGGAUGCAGAAUGGACCAGUCUUUCCUGUGCCACGUUAAGGCCGGAAGAACUCUAAAGUGGGUACAAAUUUAAGAUUAACAGUUGAGAAUGUCCAUCUAAAUAUACUGCAGUCAAAAUUCCACUUAAGUGAUUGGAUGGAUUUUUUUGUACCUUGUGAACUCCAACAAGGCUUCAAUUCGAGGAUGGUGGACAACAAUCCUCUUUUUCAGCAUGACGGCAGUGUACAGGAUAAUGGUCUCCAUGCCAAACUGAGACACCACAUCUGGGUUCAAAUACACACAUGGUUACAGAUUGACUUCUUUUCAGUCAGGCAAUGUGGUAACGUGCCAUAUGUAUAAUUUAUAUCACUUCCAAUUGAUAUAAAGGGAUGAAACCGAGCAGAAGUCACAUUUUACAGCUGAGACGUCUCACCUUUGAUUGAACCUGCCAGGAACGCCUU